UAGUCGGGUUUGAGAUGUUAGACUGUUAAGUUGUGUCUUUCCGAGUGACCGCUAAGUUGUCGUAAGCAGCAAGACCAAUAGAAAGUGGAUAUUAUUAACAAAAAACAAAAACAACAAUUUCUGAAGAUACAACAACGAUACUUCAGGUCGAUCGAAUCCAUCGAUCGUAAACAAUAGAAAGACGAUUAGGACCGUGUUAUUGAUUUUCGAGUGGCGUGGCAAUAGCCAAAAAGUCGAGAUAAGUCGUUUUGUCAUUUACAAAGUGAAUUCCGGUGAAUAUUUCGCACUCCUGUGUGUGCAACUUGAAAUAUAUAAAUUCAAAUUGUGUCAAAAAGUGAUUAAUGAAAAUUAAACCCAAAGAAACAUAGCGCAAAUUAAAAAAGUAACAACCAAUUGCAAUUUGUAAAAGCGAGCAAAAUAUAAACAAAUCAAGAAAUAUCAACACGCGCUCACUCACGAUCAUUAGGAAUAUUACUACUGUCCAGCAAAUAGCCGAAACCGAAAGCAAAAGGAGAAACAAAUCUCGCAAAAGAAUAUUUUGCAAUCAUCUUGAACCACACAAAAAAGUGAAUUGUAAUGUCAAAUACCAAAGUGUCCACAUUGCAAAAACCCGCUAACCUAUUUUUUUUAACAAAAAAUGCUACGAGUGUAAAUUAUUUUUAAUUAAAAUAAAAAAAUCAUAUUUCAGACAUGUGAUUGAAUCAUUAUAAAAAUUUUUCAAAAUUAUAGCAAAACAAAAAGCCAGAACAACAAAGCUAUCAUUUAAAAAUUGUAUUUAAGUGUUACAACGGAAAAAAUAAAUUGUAAAAUUGCACAAAUCAAUUUUGAGAAAAUAAUAAUAAGAGCAAAACAAAACAAAAAGAAAGAAAAUAUUUUCUUAAAUCAAAUAAAUUGACAUAGAAAUCCGAUUGGUGCACCGACAACCCAGAUUGGGCAAUAUUAAACAAAUAACAUGGCCGUAAAUAACGAUCAGCAGCCACAGUUGUGGCCACGCCAUUUAAAACGCCUGCAACACAACCCGCGGCAGCGUAAACCACGAAAAUCACCACCACAAAGUUGGCUAACGAUUUUGGCCAUUUGCAGCGUGUACCUCUGCUGUCUAAUGCACAUUACCUCCGCACAUGUGGCGCUAACUUAUCCACCUGCACGAAAAUACGAUUUAGAUUUCUUGGAUAAUUCACGUACCAAAGGACCAUGCGGAAUGCCUAAAGGUUCCAUAAGAACGUCACUCUUGGCUGGCACCAAAUUCAAUGUCACAUGGCACUUGGCAUAUCCUCACCGGGGUGGCUAUCGCCUACAACUAUUGGAUAACUUUGAGAGGCCAAUGAUUGAGCUGACUCCGCAAGGUGAUAGUAGUGGUUUUCUAAAACACGAUUCCACUGCCCAAAGCCAUGAAGUGUCACUGCCCGCUGAUAUGGAGUGUCGCAACUGUUCCAUACGUCUGCUACGACAAGCUGUGGAAUGGUCAACGGACUAUCUCUUCUGGUCCUGUGCCGAUAUUGAUAUUCUUACUCGUAAAGAUUUUAGGGAAACUUGCUCAGGUAAUGGCAAAUAUUUCCCCUCUCGCUGCAAAUGCGAAAAGGGUUUCUAUGGACCCCAGUGCCAAUACAAGGACGAGUGUACCAGCAAUGCCGAUUGUGGCAUCCAAGGGAAAUGUAUUGACAUUCAGGGAACAACUUUGCCACGAAAGCAAUGUUUCUGUAAUUUCGGUUGGUUCGGACCCGGCUGUAACAAGAGAUCGCCCUACAAAACCACGGAAAUGGACCUGUCUGCCUACUCGAUGAAACAACUGUCGCCUGACUAUCAGAUGUACUGGCGUCUGAUGGAAGAGCAAAAAGAAAUUGAAAUUGUACUGAAAGUGAACAGUACAACAUGGGUUGGUGUUGGCUGGAGACCACGAUCUUCGACAAAGGAAUGUAAGAAUUUCCCCCUGAUUAGAGAUAUUGGGGAUUUGACCACAACCAUUGAAAGUUCCGGUUCCGGUUCAGCUUCUGCAGAACCUGAACCAAAAUCUGAACCCGAACCAUCAUCAGAGCCCGAACCCAAGUCGGAACCCGAACCAUCCUCUGAGCCGGAACCAAAAUCAGAACCAGAGCCCGCCUCCGAACCUGAACCCAAGUCAGAACCCGAGCCUUCUUCGGAGCCCGAACCCAAAUCAGAGCCAGAACCAUCUUCGGAACCUGAACCAAAGUCAGAACCAGAAUCCCAAUCUGACCCAGAGCCUACUUCAGAACCCGAGCCUCAAUCUGAACCGGAACCUUCGUCCGCUACGAAAUCUAAACGUGAAACUCAUUUUGAAGAUGUUGCAAGACGCCGUAGACGCGAUGUACCAGAUACGCAAUAUGAGCCACAGUCACAUCCCGAACCCACAUCUGAACCUGAACCAAAAUCCGAACCGGAACCCACCUCGGAACCUGAACCAAAAUCGGAACCGGAACCAGAACCAUCCUCUGAACCGGAACCAAAAUCGGAACCGGAGCCAACUUCAGAACCAGAACCUCAAUCGGAACCCGAGCCAUCAUCCGAACCAGAACCAAAAUCAGAGCCGGAACCAUCAUCGGAGCCUGAACCCAAAUCUGAGCCGGAACCAUCGUCGGAGCCUGAACCCAAAUCUGAGCCGGAACCAUCAUCUGAACCCGAGCCCAAAUCAGAGCCCGAACCUUCAUCUGAGCCAGAGCCAAAGUCAGAACCGGAACCCUCAUCUGAACCAGAGCCAAAGUCAGAACCAGAACCAACAUCUGAACCCGAGCCCAGAUCAAAUGGCAGACCAAAACCGAAGCCAUUCUCCAAACCCGAACAGGAACCCUCUGCUGAGCCCGAACCCAAGUCUGCACCUAUUAAACAAAAUGUUGCACCACAAAAGAAAAACCCAGAUGCCAAGUACAAACUGAAUCCCUACACACCUCGUCACGAUUUCAAUCCCAUGGACUGCACCGAUGUGAUCAUCGGCACUGCCCGAGGCAUGGCCAGUCGUGUGGGCGACUACUACAGCAGAGACAGAUCGACUCCAAAACUUGAUGAAGUGUUUGGCGGCAAACAGGAUCUGACUCUGGCCACAGGCUACGAAAAGGAUGGUGUCACAACGAUUAUAUUCCGCAAGAAACUUACAGCCAGUGAGCCCACAGAUCACUCCUUGACCGAUACUUUGACCCAUGUCAUUUGGGCCAAGGGUCAGGAAUUGAACAACUAUGUUCACAUACCAGCCUCUGGCAUGGAAACCGAUAUGGCCGCCAUGAAAGAGUUCUAUUAUCCGGAUGAAUUGAAAUACCAUGGCCACAACAUGCAGCGGGGUGUUGCCCUAAUCAAUUUCUUCGAAAAAGAAAAACCUAAAACAGUCGACGGUGUGCCCGAUGAAUCGGCCAAUGUUUUGGACAACGAUUGCUUUGGCCACUGGAAAUAUCCUGCAAGUUGUUCACCUCAGAACCACACGUGCGAAUACUAUGUUUCGUGGGAGACGAUUGGUCGGGGUGACGAAAUGCGUUGGCACAUUGAAACUUCAAACACCCAGACCUGGACUGGUAUUGGAUUCAGUAACGAUGAGAAGAUGUCUCAAACGGAUUCCAUAAUUGGUUGGGUUGAUCGUAAUGGACGCCCCUUCCUCAUGGACACCUGGAUCAAUGGUUAUUCUUCUCCCAAGCUGGACGAUCGUCAGGAUCUGUAUAAUGCCGAGGGUCGCAUAGAGAAGGGUGUUACCAUUUUGGAAUUUACCCGCAAAAGAAUUAGCAAUGAUGCUCAGGAUUUGUCCUUUACCGAUGAUCAUUGUCUCUAUUUGUUCUUCCCCGUUUUGGGUGGUGCUUUCAAUGCUGUGAACAAAAAAAUAAGGAAACAUGAAAAUAUUCCAGUUGUUUCACCGACUCGUGUUUGCAUCAAAUCUUGCGGAAAAGAAUUAUUAGAUGCCGGUAGUGCCCCAACUACACCAGAGCCCAAUCGUUUAGUUUAUGCUGUGGGCGUUAAAUUAAUGAACCUGGCUGAAUCCUUUGAAGCACCAGCCCCUGGUUCGGUAGAAUUCAAAAAUUUGGCUGCCACCAUUUCAGAUUCAUUCAAUGGUGUUCUGAACAACAUACCCGGUUACUAUAAAACCGAUAUUUUAGGUUUUGAAAAAGAUGGCGCUACUUCCAUGAUUGCCAAGUUACAGGCCAUGUUCGAUAAGGAUGACUAUGAGAAGGGUUAUGCUGUCACAACCAAUAAUAUUCCCCUGGAAGAGUCCAUGAAGAAUGGCGAAGUAAUCGAAAUGGCCUUAAGAGAAACGAUUGCCUCCGGCAAAGUUGGCUCAUUAACAGUUGAUCCACAAUUUUUGGAUUUCAAAGCUCUGGAAUACAAAUCUAUAUCCGAUUCCGAUGACGUGAAAUUAUCAUUCUUCGAGUUGUCUGAAGUUCGUCUGUAUAUUGUAUUGGGUCUUAUUGCUGCUUUAGUUUUUAUAGCACUGAUUCAGGCCUCUUGCACCAUAUACAAGACAUCUCGAAAGAAUAAAUCGAAUAAGGAAAAUCUCAUCCAGAAUUCAGCAUGGAAAGAAUACUCGUCGAACACUAACUACGCCUUCGAUCCUUAUGGCGAAACUGAAGAAAAGAACGGUACUUCGCACAAAGACAAAUCUUCACGUAAUCGUCCCUCUAGCAGUCAGCAGACAACACUACAAAUGUCCCAUUCGCCAACCAACAAAUCGCAAAUGUACAACGGCAACGCUGGCAGCAACGGCAAUAAUACCCAAGAGUACCGCAGUAAUGGUCGUUCGCAUCGCAGUGAUCGCGAAAGGAAUGGCCACGCCCACAGCAAUGACCAUCAAACUCCAUCGGCUUCAUAUACACGUGGUGGUGGCAGUUCGUACACCGACCGGGCUUAUUCGCUGCCACGACAACAACAUAUGCAGCAACAAGCAAACAUGCAACCCUCAGGGUAUUACACGCAGGAUCGACGUGAUCGCAGUGCCCAUAGAAAUGGUGCUCACUAUCGUGAUCGAUCACGCGAGGAUCCACGUUUGGUGUCAAAUGGUGGUGCCGAUACGCCAGACUUCUAUUUCAUGCCAUCGCAGCGUAAGUAUUCGGGUGAAGUAGUACGUGUCUAUGUCGAUUAUAAUAAGGAUCCAAAGCACUAAAUAUUUUUGUUGUAACAGAAGUGGUGCGUUAGGGUAAUUAAACAUUGUUAAACAAUCAAAAAAUGAAAAAUUAGUCACUUAUUAUUUUUUUAUUCAACAACGAAGCCAUGGUAGAAGAAUACAGGUAAUCGCAUCGACACAUCUGCUGGGACAAUAAACUGUCAAAACAAUUUUGGAAUGGAAAAUUUUAAAUGAAAAAUAAUUUAAAUUCGUUAAAAUUGUUAAAAAAUGUAUAUCAUAACAUCCUCCGAUUGUCGUCGUAUAAGACGACAUUUAAAAUUUUUGACAUAUCAAUGUUCCCAAGCGUUGAUGCAUCUAGCUGUAUUAUUUUACCAUGAACGAAGCCCUGUCUAAUAGCACGUUGCAUACAAAAUCUGUUCACGGGUUAACCGGGGUAAUUGACGAAUCGCAAUAAAUGUAACGCAUAUCAUAUUUUGUGUGAUUUGUCAAUUAUCAGGGUAAAAAGUACGUUUACAUACAAAAUUUCUAUCCGGAUUAAUUCCGAUAAAUGAUCAAUCACAAUAAAUUUAAGGUAUGUAAAAUAUAGCCAGAUUUAUUGUAAUUGUUUAAUUAUCAACGUACUUUAAAUCCACCCGGGUUAACCUUGAUAAUUGACCAAUCACAAUAAAAGUACCAUACUUUCUCCAUCGUCAAAUUUAUUGUGAUCGGACAAUUAUCAGGUUUAUACAAACCUCAGGGUACAUACAAACCUUUACCCUUGUUAACCGUGAUUAUCGAUCAAAAAUAAUAAAUUUAAUAUAAGUUUUCCAUUGACAAAUUUAUUUAAAUCAAUCACGUUCUAAUGCUUAAAGCAGAUCAAGAUUUGUUUGUAAACCCACUUUUUGAUAGGCGAUUUAAACAUAAAAUAAACACCCCUUAUUCAUGACACAUUCAUAAUCAAUUCCAAAUAAUUUAUAACAAUUUCAAUAAUUAUAAGUAAUCAAAAACAAAAUACUGACAAAUUUCCUUAAACACACAAUAUUAAUAAUAGUUGAAAUCUAUAACCUCUUAACUCUAAAAUAAAUCUGUCAAUUACAUCGAGAAUGCGUUAAAUGAAAUUCGCUGGUUGUAAGAUUUGACACAUGCGUAGUGGAAUCGACAUUUUAAAUCCACUGGAUUUAUUAUAUGUAAGCGUGCUACAUUUUUAUCCAAAUGUGGUUUUUGUCUUCACAUCUUAAAGAAUUUUUUAAUGAUUUAGUGAGCAAUGGUAAUGUUUCAAAAUAAAAAAACAUCGUCGACUGCAGUGUCCAUGUGCCUUCAAAAAUGAUUUCAUCUUCAAAAAAUAACUAAUUUUGCAGUCUUCAUUCAUACCCAUGGUAGAAUUAAAAAGGUAAAGCCAUGCAAUCAUAUGUUUACAAUUUUUUUUAAUUAUUAAUUUGACAAAAUUUCAUUGCCAAAAUGCAUAUUUCUAAAUCCAUUGUACAUACACACAUCAGAGAUGGGAACCUGUUUUUUAUACAGUGAAAUUUGUCAAGGUAAAUUACAGAAAAUGCAGAGAUGGGAAUGCUAUUUGAAAUGAAUUUACCUUCUUAAUUUUGCCAUGAUCAUACCGUUCAGAAAUGUCAGUUGGGCGCAAGUUUUUUUCACAUAUUGAUAAGCAAAACAAGUACCAAGAUGACAACCGAAUCAAUGUUGUAGAAUAUGUUUACAUUACCUAAUAUUCAUCAUGAUAAUCGAAAAAUCAAGAUUAAAAACUUCCAUUCCAUUGCCUAUAAGUACGUUUAGGCUUAUUAAAUUGAGUGGAAUUUAACUGUCAAUUUCCUUGAAUAUACGUCACAAAAAAAAAUCCACUGUAUUUACGAAUACGAUUUACAAGAUGUAUGCGCCAUGGUAAAAGAAUACAGGUAGUCGCAUCGACACAUAUGCUGGGACAAUGAACUGUCAAACCGCUUUUGAAAUGGAAAAUGUUGAAUAAAAAUUUAUUAAAAUUUGUAAAAAUUGUUGAAAAAUGUAUAUUAUAACAAACUUUGAUAUGCGUCGUAUAAAAAAAUAAAAUCUACUUGUUUUUGAUAAAACAAUUUAAAAUUUUUGACAUAUCAAUGUUCCCAAGCGUUGAUGCAAAGACAUAACCUCGGUCGUAGCGAAAGUCAAAUGUUAAUGUCAAAAUUUAUCUGCUAUUUGGUUACAUUUCGUACUGAGAUUUAAAUUACAAUAAUGUUUUUUUUUUUUUUUUUGUCGGCUCGUCUCUCAUAAAUGAAGUGCCUAUUUUUUCCAUGGCUUUGGCCGUGCAGUAAAUUCUUUCGUUAUGUGAAUCUUUUUUCUACUAAUGUCGCGUUUCGUCGCAUCAACACAGCUGCUGGGACAAUGAACUGUCAAAUCAAUUUUGAAAAAUUAAUUCGAAUUCGUUGAAAAUGUUGAAAAAUGCAUAUCAGUACAAAAUCCGAUUGGCAUCGUAUAAGAAAACAUAUAAAAAUCUACUUAUUUUUGAAAAAAAAAACGUUUUAAAACGUUUGACAUAUGUUCCAAACCCGUAC